CACAUCCUCUCCCUCGCCAGCAGCCGCCUCGCCACAGAACUAAAACCUCGAUCGAUCUCAGUUCAAUCCAUGGAGGACGUGGCCAACGCACACAUCUACGCCCACGCCCACCGGAGCAAGCGUCCCCAGUCGGCCGCGAUCAAAGACGGGGACGGGGACGUCGACCUGUCCAUGAAAGGCGCGCGGUACCGCGGCGUGCGGCGCCGGCCGUGGGGCCGGUUCGCGGCAGAGAUCCGCGACCCCAUGUCCAAGGAGCGGCGGUGGCUCGGCACCUUCGACACCGCCGAGCAGGCCGCCUGCGCCUACGACAUCGCGGCGCGCGCCAUGCGCGGCAACAAGGCGCGCACCAACUUCCCGGGCCACGCCACGGCGGGCUACUGGCCGUGGGGCGCGCCGCAGCCGGCGGCGGUGGCGCACCCGAUCAACCCUUUCCUCCUGCACAACCUCAUCAUGAGCUCCUCCAACCACGGCUGCCGCCUGCUCAACCACGCAGGCCACGGACACGUCCACUCCGCAGCCCCCAGACCUCCGGCGCCGGCGGCGGACGCCACGUCCACGACCAUCGCAGCGCCCUUCCCUGUCGCCGCACACCCCGCCGUAGCGAUGGACGAGGACGUGGACGACUGGGACGGCGUCCUGCGGAGCGAGCCCGCGGACGCCGGGCUGCUGCAGGACGCGCUGCACGACUUCUACCCUUUCACGCGUCCGCGCGCCGGCGGGGGCAGGCGCGGCCUGUCCGCGGCCGGAACCGACGCCAGGGCGGCAGCUGCGUUGGUGGCGCCGGUAAAGCCGGAUGCUUUCGUCGUUCCCAGCCCUUUCGCCGGCGUCGAGGGGGACGGUGAAUACCCGAUGAUGCCGCAGGGCCUGCUCGAGGACGUGAUCCACUCCCCGGCGUUCGUGGAGGUUGUGGCCGCGCCGCCGUCCGUCCCCACGCGCCGCGGCCGCCGGGGCUGAUGGGUGCGUGGAUCGCGUGCGAGUGGGACAUGAAAUGGAGGACCUGGUGCUUUUGGGAUUCACGAUUGCUUGCUUGAUUUCAUGACAGCCAAAUCGAUCAUCUAGUCGCCUUGUGUGUUUUACUAGCAGCUAGCUAGCAUGUAGUACUGAUGAUAUGCGUGGUGUCCUGGACUGUGUACUCCAAUGCAUGGAAUCAAAGCUUGUUUUCGAUGGAUUCCAACCAGUUUCAUCUUGCAUGUCUUCAAUUUUCUAGAUGCUCAGUAAUCUAUGUUGUGGGGAUGAGUUCUCUU